AUGGCGGAUAUGAAGAAGGUAACAGUUGCGGUUCGAGUCCGGCCCAUUUUGCGCGAUGGCAUCAGUCAAGCACAUGUGCAGGAGAAGUUUGAACUUGAGGCCAUACGCCGUACCGGAGACACAACACUAAAAGUAGAGUUGGAGCGACCCGGUGAGCCCACACGCGGCAGCGCCUUCACAUUUGAUCACAUCUUUGACCAAGAAAGCACACAGUUGGAUGUGUACGAUGAGGCCGUUGCAGAUCUCGUUGAUAUGAGUUUAACAGGCGCCAACUCAACAAUUUUAGCUUAUGGCCAAACUGGCUCUGGGAAAACGUUUACGGUACUCGGUGAUGUGAAACCCAACCCACUGGAGGAUGAUUUGCUCACGAAAGACAGCGGCAUGUUCCUUCGAGUGCUGAGCGAUUUGAUGGAGUACAAACGACGCCAGCUUGCGCGUGGUUUUCAUGUGGUAGUGGGUCUCAGUUGCGUUGAGAUUUACAACGAAAACAUACGCGACCUCUUUGGUGGCACGCCAAACUCACCACCGCCCUCCAUUAAGGCAGUGAUGAUUGGUGAGGAGGUGUUGUUGCCAUCACUCAUCAUAAAGGAAAUGACAUCACUUCAGGCCGUCUUCAGUGAAAUCCAGUUGGCCAUUUCCCGUCGUAAGAGUCGAUCCACAGAGGCAAAUGCCGUCUCGAGCCGCAGCCACUGUUUAUUUCUUAUUGACAUCCUCCAGCAAUCGACAACGGCACCCGCUCCGUCACUCACCGCCAUUCUGCAAACAAAGAAAGGCACAAAAGAUGUGGAAGCCAAACGGAUUUCUACUUUGAGUGGCAUCAGCAAUAAAAACGGUGCCCCCAUCGAGUUGAAGCCUGGCGAGUUGCCCUUCGAUGGGAUGGUUUAUCGUCUUCAAGGCCAGAAGGAACCGAUUUAUGGCAGUAAAAUUCUUCUAGCGGAUUUGGCUGGAAGUGAGAAAAUAUCGCGUAGCGGCGUUACUGGUGAAGGACUGGCGGAAGCCACAGCCAUCAAUAGCAGCCUCACUGCUCUCGGGAAUGUCGUCCACAGUUUACAUGAGGGCGGUUAUGUGAGUUACCGCACCUCUAAUUUAACGCGGCUUCUUAAGCCCACCUUUAGCCAUCCCAACUCGCGUGUGUUGCUUUUAUCGCAGGUAUCGCCCACGCAAAUGACCUUCGACGAGACCAUUAGCACGCUUCACUUUGCGAAUAAAGUGAAGGCAAUGAAAGUAACCACAUCCACCGGAAUGGAGGCGGACAAAAUUCAAUUCGAAUAUGUGGAAGCCGGUCGCACGUACGAUGGCCUCCUGGCAGACCUCCGACUUUUCGCCGUAGAGCAACAGACGAAAGUUGGCGUCAUUAGGCGCCGAUGCCGUCAGAACGAUGGUUUAUUUUAUGCCCCGCUUCCGAGCGGUCGGGCGGGUACACGAGAGCGACGGCAGGCAUUCAUUGAAUCUAUUGGUGCCAAUAAAGCCGCUACUGAGGAGCGAGAAGCGGGAAAAGUUGCGCGGGAGCGGGAAGCAGCGGCUUGGGAAGAGGAAUUACGGCGCAAACGCAAGGAUGGUGCGGAAUCGGCGGCUGCCACACAUGCGCAACUUUUACGUGAGGCGAAAGAAGGACUAGCGGCAGAAGAAAAGGCAGUGAAACAUCAGGCAAUGCAAGAGGUGCAACAUGCGCAAGCUGCCGGAGCAGCGAAGUUACAGGCGGAAGAGGAGGCGUCACGUGCUUUACUGUUGGGUCGAUUUGCACAAGUGAUGAGUGACUUUUGCCGUGCUCGGUUGCAAGAAGCAGCACGUGUGGAAGAGGAAAUUAGCAGAGAACUCAACAGCACUCGAAUGGCUUCAUCAUCAGGUGGUAAUGGCAGCGGUGCUGCUUCUGAAGUGCCUGUAGAAGAUUUGGAGUAUGCGGUUUCAUGUUGGGGACACUCAAUCGCAAAGAAAUUCUACACGAACUGUGCUGAACUGCGGGAACUACAGUUGCAAAUGUGCAUGAUAGGAAGAAGUUGCCUCACGAUGGAGCGUUGGAAAGCGGAACAUGUCGGAACCGCAUGA